AUGGGCUCCCACUUUUUGAAUUCUUCCUUUUCUGCUCUCGACUUCAUCCCCCUUGAUCCGCACUAUACCCUGAAAAAGCUAUACUCGGCCGAUAACUACGAGAAGAAAGUCAUUCUGGGAUCGGGAAUCUACCGAGAUGACAACUCCAAGCCGUGGGUCUUGCCUACAGUAAAAAAGGCCGAAGAAAUUAUCGACAAUGCUCAGGACUCUGGUCGAUAUGAGUAUCUCCCCAUUACAGGCUAUGCGCCAUUUCACAACGCCGCUCGGGAACUUCUUUUUGGUUCCUUGGGCGAAAAAGCGAACCAAUUUGUGUCAGUACACACACUUGCCGGCACUGGAGCUAAUAGCCUUGGAGCCCAGUUCCUGAAAGAGUCCCUGAGCCCAUCGGCCGUUUGGGUUUCUGGCCCAACCUGGGUGAACCACUACAAUAUCUGGGGGUUGGUGGGAGUUGAAGUCAAGACUUAUCCGUAUUGGAGUGCUUCCAAGAAAGGCCUAGACUUGGAGAAGAUGAUUCAUACUUUGGAGACUGAUGCUUCCGCGGGAGAUGUUAUUGUUUUACAUGCGUGUGCCCAUAAUCCGACUGGUCUCGAUCCGACCAAAGAGCAGUGGAAGAAAAUCGCGGAUGUUUGUGAGAGGAAGAAACUAUUUCCGUUUUUUGAUUGCGCGUAUCUGGGAUUUGCCAGCGGUGACCUUGACGAGGACGCAUGGGCUGUGAGACACUUCUUUUCUCGAGGCACACUUGAACUGGCAGUAGCCCAGUCUUUUUCGAAGAACAUGGGUCUUUAUGGCGAACGAGUCGGUGCUUUUCAUCUAUACACUGCUUCUCCCGACGCUGCGUCCAAAGCACAUGGCCAUAUUUCCCACUUACAACGGGGUAGUGUUUCUACGCCGCCAACUAGGGGAGCGAAAAUCGCGGCAACGAUUUUAACGAGUCCGGAUUUAUUUCAGGAAUGGCUGUUGGAUCUUCAAGAGAUGACGUCUCGAAUCAAAAACAUGCGCAAAGCACUCCGGGAUAAUUUGGUCUCGCUAGGAACACCGGGCAACUGGGACCAUAUUUGCUCGCAGAUUGGAAUGUUUUCCUACACUGGGUUGACACCCGAGCAAGUGGCCACUGUCCAAGCUGACAGCCAUGUCUAUAUUCUGAAAAGUGGACGGAUCUCAAUUGCCGGGUUAACUUCGAGUAAUGUGAGGUAUGUAGCAGAGGCGAUGGAUGCUGCUGUGAGGAAGGGACAGGCGUAG